GCUGCAGUUUCACUUGAGACAUUUCAGAGGACAGGAGCCUGACAGCAACCGUGGAAGAGAAGACCUCAGUUCUUCAAACCUCUUUGGAUUUAGUGGUAAAAAAAAAAGAAAAAGAAAAAGAAAAAGGAAAAAGCCAAGCGGAGCCCAGCGGCGCAUUGGUAGAUUCAGCUUCAAUUAAAUUAAGGUUGUUUUGAUUGCCACUGUUGAGUGGAUCAAACAGCGAUGUCCUCCAAACCCAAUGGGAGCCCCCCUCCCUAUGAAGAGGAUCAUAGAUAUAAUGGACCUGUUCAGCCAGCCUACUCUUACUUCCCUGACGAUGAGUUCCAGCACUUCUACCGCUGGUCCUCGCCUCCAGGAAUCCUCAAAAUCAUGGCCAUCAUUGUCCUUGUGCUGUGUGUGGCCAUCUUUGCCUGCGUUGCCUCAACGCUGGCGUAUGACAGUCAGGGAGCCAUGUCCGGCUUUGGGGGAAUGUACGGAGGAAGUUAUGGAGGAGGUUAUGGAGGAACUUAUGGAGGAGGUUAUGGAGGAUCGAGCUACUAUGGAGCUGGGAACGGUUAUGGCUACGGUUCAAUUGCGGGAAACUACAAUGACCCGCGGUCCGGGAAAGGGUUUAUGAUCGUAAUGGCCGCCUUUGCCUUCAUCUUCUCCCUGGUCGUCUUUAUCGUCAUCGUGUCUCAUCAGAGCCUGUGUCAGAGCAGGAAGUUCUACCUGGCCGUGUUGAUCGUCAGCGCCAUCCUGGCACUGUUGAUGCUCAUUGCCACUGUAGUGUACUUGGUGGCAGUAAACCCCGCAUCCCAGGCCUCGACAGCUUACGGCAGCCAGAUUGCAGCUCUGUGUGCUCCAUAUCAACAGCAACAGAUGUCAGGAGUGCUUCAGAACCAGUACCUUUACCACUACUGCGUGGUGGAACCACAAGAGGCCAUCGCCGUUGUGUUCGGCUUCAUGGUGACCGCAGCUUUGAUCAUCAUGCUCGUCUUCGCCCUCAAGACGCGGCAGAAGAUCAACAACUAUGGAAAACAGAACAUCUUGUGGAAGAAAGUCAAAGUUGUGGAUGAUCUUGCACCUCCUGAGGACAUCGAGGCGUGGGUGAACAACGUGUCUGCUGCUCCUGAAGACGUCCCAGCUGCAGACUACCCAGAGUACUCCGACUACUCCGAGAAGCGGAGAGGCUCCAGGAGUCACCUGGAUGAUGAUGAGAGCAACUACGACAAACCCCCCAUCAGCUACACCCCGCAACCUGUGGUUGACAGGCCCUUGCAGAACGGGGCCCCUUACAGCAGCAGCAGCUCGGAGGUCGCGAGCUCAACGGGGCGGCCCAAGAAGAGGCGCGCAGGACGGCCGCGCCGCGUCGACGGGCAGGACUACGACACGGACUAUAACUCGUCUGGGGACGAGCUGGACGACAACGACUUCGACAGCGAGUUCCCGCCCAUAGCAAACGAGCAGGAGCGCAACCGCUACAAGCAGGAGUUUGACCGCGACCACCUGGAGUACAAAGACCUGCAGGCGGAGCUGGACGUCCUCAACAAGGACCUGUCCAAUCUGGACAAAGAGCUGGACGAGCUGGAGGAGGGAAGCCCACAGUUCCUGGACACUCUGGAUGAGUACAACAAGCUGAAGAGAAUCAAGAAGUCUGCAGAUUACCAGGUGAAGAAGCGCAGGUGCAAAUAUCUGAAGCACAAACUGAACCACAUCAAGAAGAUGGUCAGUGAUUAUGACCGCAGGACCUGAAUAAAGUCUGGAUUAGUAACUCCUGUCCGGCGCAGGGAGGACUGCUGUAAAUCUGGGUUGGCCCUUUUUAGCAGUAAGUUUUUCUCCAAAGGACAAAGCUGGGAUGAUUUGCAUUGAGCACAUGAAAGUUGUGACAGCUCGGUUUUUUUUUUGUUUUGCUUUUAGCACCGCAGAAACAGGAUUCUUUUUUUUUUCCUUAUAUUACGCCGUUGUUUGUAUUUUGAGUGAUUAUCACUACACAUAUUUAUUGUCUAGCGGAAGAGUUAUGCGACUUGUCUUUGAAGUGAAGAGAAAAUUAAAAAUAAUGCUUAGUUUUAUUAGGCUCCCCUGCACCAAAUUGAUGUCAGCUGAUUAAUUUUUUUAUUACUAUUUUACUGACUGUAAAUAUGCGGGUUGUGGUUUUGUAAAGGUUGUUUCUUGUACACAGUUUGGAAUAUUAUCAAAUCUCCUUCCCUGCGAUACGUUUUGCAAUGAUCUGUGAUGCAUUUUUAUUUGAAUAAAAUCUUUUAUUGAA